AUGUUAGAAAAAAAGUUGGUAAUAGAAAAACAAGCAGUAAUUAAUUUAAAUUUGGCUAAUUGUUCGCAACUAAAACACUUGCGAAUUACCAAUUGUUUUUUAGAAAAUAUAACUUUACCCGAACAAGCACCCCAAUUAGAAUAUAUUGACUUAUCUGAUAAUGAUUUAAAUUUAAGUAAAUUACAAGUCUUAGACAUUAACGCUACUAAUAUUGAUAGUGGUUGCGAAUAUUUACCAACUAAUUUACUUAGUUUUACUUUCGGUAGUAAAGGUAAAGACCAGGAUGGCCGACAACACGGACGUUACCAAGUUGAACGAGUUAAGAGGGCAAGAGUAAAUGAAGUAAAAGAUAAAUUAGCUCCAUUUUUAGCACUAAAAGAGGGGGAAACCAUGGAGGAUUUAGCCGUUAGCGAAAAUUGGGCUGAUAACCAAAGAAAAAUGGAGGCAGUUCGAAGGUUUAAACAAAACCAAGUCAGCCAAAUCCAAGUAAAUCCUAAUCGAAACUAG